AUGCUAGGUGCUGGGGCGGCGGGGAUUGACUUUAUCCAUCAUGCCAAACUGAUAUUCAAAGAUCUCGACGUCCAAUUUGUGUGUUACGACAAAAACCCCGAGGUUGGCGGCACCUGUGCUUGGAAGUGGCCAGACAUCUCGGGCAUCAAGACUUUCACGAGGUACGUCUUCCAUACCGCGAAUUAUGAUCCCGGGUUUGAUCUCACGAACAAACGAGUGGCGAUCAUCGAGUCCGGCAGUUCAGGUACCCAGUGCGUCACCGCCGUGUACCCCGAAGCCUCGAAACUUUAUGCCUGGGUAGUCAUCUGUGCGACGGGCUUUGACACUUCUUGCCGUAUGAUUUCGAAAGUGCGAAAAUCAUUGGCGAAAAGAACAAGACUGACGAACUGUCAAGCAGGCCCGCGCUUCCCGAUCACCGGCCUCGACCUAAACCAGUCGCUCGCCGACAAGUUUGCCAAAGAGCCAUCAAGUUAUCUCGCUAUCGGCGUCGAUGGGUAUCCGAACUACUUGACCUAUUCUGGAGCCUACACCCCUACCGCGCAGGGCUCCCUGCUCCCGAUUCUAUCGCUGCUGAGCAAGCACUUCAUGCAAAUCGUCACGAAGAUGCGCAAAGAACACAUCCGGAGGCUAUCUCCCAAGGCGUCCAUUGUGCGAGAUUUUAUCGAGCACGCCAAUACUUUCACCCCCCGGACCUGUUGGUCUGACCCGUGCACAAGCUGGUUCAAGCAGGGCGAGAAAGACGGCUCUCCGAUUGUGUGGCCUGGCACGAGGAUGGCUUUCUUUGACACGGUGAAACACCCGAAGUUUGAAGACGAUGAAAUCGAAUACUGGUCCAAGAACCGGUUCGGCUGCUUGGGCAGUGGAUUCUGUACCCUUGAAUUCGACGAUAGUCAGGAUAUAUGCUGGUAUCUGGACGAGCUGUCUGGAGUCCAGCGGUUUUGA